AUGCCGGCCCACCCGCUGGCCUGGCUCGCAGCCCCCAAAGCUGGACUUGGCCGAGUGCCGCGGCCACACCGCCGCCUCCUGGGGGAACCGGCUCCUGGGACUCCCGGGGAAGGGGCGCCGGGCAGGGCCGCCCCUGCCCUUCGCGUCGCCCGCACGCACGUCGCUCGGCUACGUCACGCCGCACGCGCAUACGCCGCCCACGUCGCCCCGCACGCGUCGCCGGCUCCGCUGCCGCGGCCAUGUGGGCGGCGGCCCGCGCGCUCGGGGGGCCCCGCGCGUGGCUCGGCGGGGCUCGGCGGCCGCCACGCGGGGCCCCUCCCCGCCCGCGCGCGGGGCCUGCGCGCCUCGCCCGCCGCCGGCGCCCGGAGCCCGCUCGGGAAGUUCGCCGCCAGGACCAAAAAAAAGUUUUGGUACGAAGGCCCUUCCUUGGGCGCCCACUUGACGCCCGCCCCGCCCCCGCUGUCGGCCCUGCCCCAAGGCUCCCCCCGGAAAACCAGGAGGGGUGACCACGUGCGCCUGAGGGCCCUGAACGGCCUCCUGCACAAGGCGCUGGCCGAGCUGCUGUGCACCCCAGGCGUGAACCCGCAGCUCUGCGACGGGGACGUGGUGCUCUCCAAGGUCUCCCUGGCCGCAGACUUCUCGGCCUGCCGUGUGUACUGGAGGAGCGCCCGCCCCGCCGAGCACCACGCCAGCACCGGGGCUGCCCUGCAGAGGAGCGCGCCGCAGCUAAGGCACCUCCUGGCGUCUCUGCAAAUCCUCAGGAACGUGCCCCCGAUCGUGUUUAUGCAGGACAAAGGCGAUGCGGCGCAGGCCCAGGUUGAUCUUUUACUGAGAGCCGCUGACUUUGGACCCCCAGGUGGGAAGGAAGACCCGCUGCAGGACUUGAGGGACACCAAGGGCCCGAGGCCACGUGAGGCUCGGGGCUCCCCAGCGCACACCGGUCUGUGCGGGCUCGACCAUGAGCUGCUGAGCCAGCAGGUGGCCGCCUACAAGAGGAAGAAGGAGAGCAGGGCCCGGAGGGUUCCGGAGCCGGUGGCUGCCACAGAGGGAGACGACCCCAGCGCGAGCAGACGCUGACCUCUCCCCCAGGAGUCUCCAGGGGACCGCUGGAGCAGGGCCCCCACUCCCGGAUUGAGAUGGGGAGGCUCGGAUGGGAAGGGGGGCGGUCGCCGCGGGAAGGGGUGGCAUGACUGACUUUGGGAGCAGGGUGGGCCCGCGCCCUGAGGCCCUAGGGGUUCACAUGGUGGCUGGGGGCUGGGUGUGAAGGCGGCAGGGUGUGAAGGGUGGCUGCGUGCGCCCAGGGGCGGGGCUGGCUGCUUGGGCAACGGGAGGAAAUAAAGCAAACCCGUGAGCCCGGUGGCGAGACCUUCUCUUGGCGGCUCCGCCCUAGCGCCACCCCCUUGACCUGUGGAGCUGGGAGCUGAGACAGCUCAGCCAGUUGGGGAGGCUGGCGGGGCUGUGCUUUGGGGAUGGUCCCAGGAGUGAGCCGCCCCCACCCCGGGCCGGGCCAGUGCCCCCACCACCUUCCUGGUGGGCGUGGU